GAACUGGGAACAACACUCAGAUCACUGGAACGCAAAGUUUGGAGAUCACAGAUGCAAAGAAAAUUUCAAUGGAACGGUGGCUGUCAUUAUCAGCCACAAAGGAAGGUAUGCAAACACCCCCUGCUAUGAGUCCUUUACCGAUGAUUGAUAGUGCAAAGGUAACUAUUGGCAAUCAGUGGGAAAACGUCAACCCUAGCUCAGGAAAAACUGGUCUGCAUGCGAGCAAUUCAGAAGCAAAUACUGGUAAUCAGUUGAAGAACGGCAACCCUAGCUCAGAGAAAAUUGAUCUGCCUGCGAGCAAUUCAGAAGCAACUACUGGUAAUUUGGGGAAAAUUGGGGAUAGGUUAGAGGAUGAUAAAAGCAAGGACAAACUAACAGCUGCGAGCACAGAGGUAGACCAGAAGAAGUGGGCUAAUUUGUUUGUGGGGAACAGAUUGGCAGCGAAAGGAAUGGAUCUAAGUUUCAUUGCACCAACCAUAAAAAAUGGAGAAGUAAUUGUUGAAUUAUGCAAGGAAGAAGUGGAAGAGGAGACAAGGAAAUGGAAGCAAGCUAUGAUCCUGUAUGUUGUUGGAGUAACCCCAACAAUAGGAGCUAUGGAACGUUUUAUUGCUUCAGUGUGGAAUUUUGCAACAAAGCCAAAAGUCUAUUUUCACAAUGAUGGUUAUUUUGUGGUAAGAUUUAACUCUACAGAGGAUAGGGAUGAAGUUUUGUACUCAGGGCCUCACAUGCUGAAUAAUAAGCCGAUAAUCAUGAAGGUAUGGUCAGAAAAUUUUGAUUUUAAUAAGGAGGUAUUGCAAACCAUACCUGUGUGGGUAAAGUUCCCUAAUCUACCACUGAAUUGCUGGGGAGCAAAGUCACUAAGCAGGAUAAGUAGUGGAUUAAGGAUUCCCUUAUAUGCAGAUGCUUGUAAUACUAAGUUGGAUCGAAUUACCUAUGCUAGAGUGUUAAUUGAGAUGGAUGUUACUAAAGAACUACCUAGGGCCAUUAAGGUGACAGAUCCUAAGGGAAGAGAAUUCAUGCAAGAAAUAGCUUAUGACUGGGUCCCUGAAUUUUGUCAUACAUGUAUGCAAGUUGGGCACAGAUGCAAAAAAGAAGAACAACCAGCUCAGAAGAUUAAGCCUAAGCAACAAAAGCAGAAACAGGAGUGGCAACCCAAAGCUAGCCUUAGUGAUAAGGUGAAGCAGGCAAACGUAGUACCUGUUAAGAACAGUGAAGUAGCAAUGGUUGUUGGUGCAAAUAGCCAUCUUGCUAACCCAUCUACAAGGAUAGCUAGAGGAGAGGAGGAACAUAUUUGGAAAAAAGCCACAGGGAAAUCAGUAGCUAGAAGCAAGGAGAUAACAGGAGCUGAUGCAAUUAGCAUGAUCAAUGGGUUCAACAUACUAGCAGAAUCUGGAUUGCAACUAACAGUUCCAAGGCAAAUGGGUGAGGGUUCAAGUAGGCAGAGUAGCCAAACAGGAGUGGAAGGGGGAUUGAAUAAGAUCCCUAUACAGAAAGAGGUUAAGAGGUUUAUAAGGAGCAAUAAAAUAAGUAUGAUAGCAUUACUUGAACACAAAAUAAACAAGAAGAAGGCUAUUCAAAUAAUAAGGAAGAUCACUACAGGGUGGGAUUGGUUAGCCAACUAUGAACACAGUAGCAAAAGAAGAAUUUGGUUGUUAUGGGAUGCUAAUGAGAUAGAAUGCUUGGAAUUGGGAAAGUCUUCUCAAUUUACUCAUACUGCAGUUCACAUUAAAAGUAUGAAUAUGAGGUUUGAUUUUACUGCAGUCUAUGGCUUGCAUACAUUGGAAGACAGGAGAUACUUGUGGAGAGACUUAGCUGAUAUAAAUAUUAGGCAACAAGGCCCAUGGCUAAUCAUGGGAGACUACAAUGCCAUCAGGUCAGGGGAGGAUAGGCCAAUUGAGAAUCCUGUACAAGAAUUGGAGGUGAGAGAUUUCAAUAGUUUCAUAGAUGAUAAUGCUUUGGUUGAAAUGAGGACCAAUGGAAGGAAUUUCACAUGGACAAAUGGGCACACGUACAACAAAAUAGACAGAGCUUUGGCCAAUGCUGAGUGGAUGCUGAAAAUGCUAUAUCUAGAAGUAUGGGUAAUGGAUCCAGGAUGCUCUGACCACUCACCCCUGAAUGUGUCAUUUGAAGAUAAUGAAGAGAAAGUUCCCAAACCUUUCAAGUUUCUAAAUCAUCUAGCUGAACACAAAGACUUCCUAGCUCUAGUUAGUGGAGCAUGGCAAGGGAGUAAUGAAGACAAUACCAUGAAAGAUGUAUGGAAAAGAUUGAAAAGAGUGAAACAAGCUAUGAAAGAGCUUAAUAAUACAGAGUAUAAUGCAGUAGGAGACAAGAUUAAAUAG